AUGUCUGGCGAACCGACGUUCUACGCUGUGUAUCACACGUUCAAGCCUCGGGCCGCCAAGGCGUGGUGGGCCAACAUGAAGUCUCUCAAUUUUAAGGAUGUCGCCAAGGCGCAGCACGCGGCGGGCAUCUUCGGCCACGCCUUCCUCCCCUCCGAGCCCGAGGGACCCAUCCUCUGCCUGUGGGAGUGCAAAGAAAAGAUGUCGCUGCAGGAGUUCGAAAAUUUCAUCGAUGGCCCAAACAGCCCUGCUGGGGGCGCGCUCAUCAAC